AUGGACCAUCUUCCAGAACCGCUUCAAGCUGUCCUCACAAAUGCAACAUACACCUACCUCCGCUCUAGCGCCCACUCCCAACUCACAACCCACCUUUCCACCUUCCGCGAAGCCAUCAUCAACCCAUACAUCCUCGACCCACUCUCCCAAUUCCUCGCCGCCACGCUCGGUCUGUCCUCCUCAAUGCCCGAUCUCAUGACAAGUGUGAUGCUCGUGGGCCUCUUGCUUGUGUCUCUGGUUAUACUGGACUAUGUGCGCCGCUUGGUGAUAUGGUGGGUGAUGUGGUGGGUACGGUUCAUUGUGCGAGUGGUAUUCUGGGGAUUGGUGGUGUUUGCGGGCUUUUAUGUGUAUAAUUUUGGCGUGGAUAAGACCGUUCAGGAUGCGGGCCGGUUGGUCGGUUUCGCGAUGGGAUUUGCGGAGCAGGUGUGGAAUAUGGUUGAGAGUGCGAGCGCGAAUCGGAACGGGCAUGGGAAUGGGAAUCAGAAGGGGAGUUGGAAUCGGGGUGCCAGUGGGAGCGGGUGGAAUUCCAACGGCGGUGCAAGUGGUGGUAGAUGGUGGUAG